AUGCCGUGCUCGGGAUGUGGUUCUGACGAAGCGGCCGAGGACGCGGGCUGCUGCUCAAAGUGUCUUAGCGGCACGCGAUCGUGCUGCGGCCGGUUCUGGGGCGGCUGGGUUGACUUUAUUUGCCAAAGCAACAUCAUCGAGCUUGCCAUUGGCGUUGCCGUCGGCAUUGCUUUCGAAGAGCUGAUCGCGUCGUUCACAGACAGCUUCAUCAAGCCAGGCGCCGGCCGCAUGAAAGAUGGACACGAUCGCCCUUCCCGCAGCCGCGGCUGCCCCGUUGCCACUCUAAGGCAGGAGUUCACCAUCUCAGCCUUUCUGGACCACCUCGUCUCGUUUGCACUCACCAUGCUUGUACUCUACACCGCCUUUUGGAGGCCCUACCUGAAGUACCAUGCUCACAGAGAACAGAAGUCUUCGGCCAAGGUGGAGAGCGAGACCAGGAUCCCUCCCGACGAGCGGGUUAUCCUCGCGGCAAUCCUCGAGGAGCUGAAGGCGCAGAAUGGCGCCGCGGGAGGGAAACCGCCGACUUCAGAGCUCCGGGAACUUAGUGACUGCUCCUUUCUCUUUGGCCUUGGAGCUGCGCGCGGACCAGUGCUCUAA